GGAGAAGAAGUGGGGAAGUUGCAAACAGAAGAGGAAAGGGAGAGGAGGAAGAGUGGUUAUUUUGGCUAUAUCAACACACUAUUAAAGGAAUAAUGAGGAACAUUUGGAUAAUUUUGACCCUCGGCAUAACGGCCUUUCUCUCAGGUGAAAGGAUAGCAGAAGCGGCCAAGUCAUCCUCCCAAGUGGAUGACCUUUACAUUGAUGACACAGGGUCUGGGGGGUACUACCCUGAAGAUGACGACGACUUUAACUCGGGGUCAGGAUCAGGCAUUGGUGAGGUGAUUGAGGAGACGGUGACUGUGAGCACUCUGUAUAUUGCGCCAAAAGCAGAACCCACCAAGGACUCCACCAAAGACUUCACUCCCAGAGUGGAGACAGCCACACCCAGAGAAGAUCUGCCCAAGGAAACACCCAGGAAGCCAGUCAGAACAGAGCCCCCAGUUCCCGUCACAGCGGAUGUGCGCAGGAACCAGAUCACCAGCACAACCAGCGCCCCCAGCUCCCCCCUGGAGCCUAUUGAGGUGCGCUCAGAAAGCCUUUUCCAGAGAACAGAAGUCUUGGCAGCUGUCAUUGCGGGAGGAGUUAUUGGCUUCCUUUUCGCUAUCUUCCUCAUCUUACUUUUGGUUUACCGCAUGAGGAAGAAGGAUGAGGGAAGCUACGACCUGGGAGAAAGGAAACCCUCCGGGGCAGCCUAUCAGAAGGCACCAACCAAGGAGUUUUAUGCGUAAAGCCCUGCCCUUUCGUUCAAAGAUUGACAAAUCAGAGUGACAGUUUAUGGCAGUCCAUGACAACAACAAAACCUGUUCUAAUAACAAUAACAUAAAAGUUACAAAUAUUGAUUAAGGAAAACAUAUUUUUUUUGCAUAGAGUAUUGGUAUUAAGACAUUUUCUCCCCC